AUGAAUAGUAUCUUCAAGUUUCUUUUUCUCAUCGUUCUGCUGGGGGUCGGCCUCCAACUUGGUAACGCCCAGGAAAGGGACUGCUCGAAUAGUUGUAUUUUUACUGCCAAAUGCUCGCCCUACUACAAGGAUCUGGUCUGGGCAGUUGUAAAUUGCGUCUGUCGCGUCUUUCAGAACGGCUGUCUUUUUGCACACGAGAACUGCAUGAGAGCAAACCAAUGCUUGCCACCGAUGAUUGCCACGUCCCAGGAAAAGUGUAAGGAGUACUGUCCGAAGCGUUGUACGCGUGAGGGUCCGGCUGUCUGUGGCAGGUUCCCCUACAUCGACAGCGACGGAGUCAACAGGGAAAGGUAUUUGUCCUUCGGAAAUCGUUGUAUGCUGAAUCAAUAUGCCUGCGAGAAUGCUGUGGCAUAUGUAGAAGAACCAACCAUUGGAGCCUGUCCCUAA